AUGUAUCUAGUUCUUAUUCAAUUGAAAUAUACUACUUCGACUCAUCUAUUUACUAAAUUAGAGCAGAAACAGCGAUGCCCACCCAUUCAAGAAUUAUUAAACAAUGCUAUUGUAAAGUACCCAUAUCUUCGUCGAGUCAAAUACUAUCAUAUUCCAUGUCAAGAACAAUCAAAUCUCGAAUGUUUUUACGAUACUGAUCAAUUCAUUUGUCUAUGUACACAUGAUGGUCGAGCUAAUUGUUUUUCAUUCGAUCAUCAUAUGCAAUACAACUGUGGACAGUUAUCAUUUUGUGAAAAUGGUGGUCGAUGUUUUCAAAAUAGGGCUACUUGUCCAAAGUGUUACUUGGGUACUCGCUGCCACUUGUCCACAAAAGGUUUUGGUUUACCACUUGAUGUCAUCCUUGGCUAUCAAAUUCGACCCAAGCUUGGUUUCAGCGAUCAACCAUCAUCGUUAAUCAUUAGUAGCAUUGUCACUAUUAUCAUGUUUGUAAUUGGUCUGAUUAAUGGUUUUCUUUCAAUAAUUACUUUUCGACUUGAAAAUCCUCGUAGUGUUGGCUGUGGAAUCUAUUUAUUGACUGCUUCAAUCAUGUCUAUUCUUACAAUAACUUUCUUUACUUUGAAAUAUCUUUUUUUCGUGAUCACUCAAUUAACAAUCGUAAGAAAUCGUAUGUUUAUACUCGGUCAAUGUUUGAUAUUGGACUUUUUUCUUAAAAUAUUUUUGCAAAUUGGAGAUUGGCUUUAUGCUUGUGUAGCAGUUGAACGUUUGAUUACUGUCAUAAAAACUACGAAUUUCAACAAAAACUUCAGCAGACGAUUGGCGAAAUAUUUAAUCAUGUUGGUGUGCAUUAUUGUUCCUUGUACAUCGAUUCAAGAACCGCUAAAUCGAACAUUAAUUGAUGAUGAAGAUGAAGGGCGCAUUUGGUGUAUUGUACAUUAUUCAAAUUCUUCUUCUACAAUUCUCAAUAAAUAUACGUCGAUCAGCACGGUAAUACAUUUUGCUUGUCCAUUUGCUAUAAAUCUUAUUUCUGCCUUUGGGAUAAUUCUCCUCAUUACUAAACGUCGAUCAGCACUUCAAGAAAAUAUUCCACUUCAUUCUCAUCUACAAAUUCAAUUCCGUGAACAUAAAUAUUUGAUCAUUAGUCCAAUUGGUUUGGUUCUUUUAGCUUUACCUCGUAUCCUACUUGCUUUUCUAGUCGAAUGUAUGAAAUCAGCUCGUGAAUCAAUUUAUACUUUCCUGUUUGGGUAUUUUAUUUCAUUUUUACCACCAAUACUCCUUUUUAUUGUUUUUAUUUUACCAUCCGAUGUUUACAUGAAAGAAUUUAAACGAGCUAUUAAUUCUUAUUGGCGAAGACUUCAUUGUUUAUGUAACGAAGGCAUCAAUUGA